CCCACGACGUUUUUUCAAACUUCUCAAGCCCGAGAGAUUUGUUCCCUCAAAGUAAACUGACAUGGAACUUUUAAAGUUUGUGGUUUUGAUAGGGGCGGUUUUUGCGCAGGUAUACGGUUCCCAGGAUUCACUAAAUAGUGACGAUGGAGAUAUGUGGUCAAUUGAAAACGGGCAGGAAGAUCCUCCGGCAAGUGGCUUAUCUAUUCGUGUGGCUGACCUCGUCAAGAAGUUCAAUUUGCCGCAGUUUCACGGGCUCACAGGGCGAAGCUCAGGAGACACUCAACCUCGAGACACUCAACCUCUUCAACUGGGUCGGAAAAGAAAUAAAGGAGAAAUGUUUGUUGGACUUAUGGGUCGAAGGUCUUCAAAUGGAGAGUAUCAAAAGAAAUGGAGAAAACACCAGUAUCACUAG